GCAAAUCCUUCACAGAGACUUUUACGAGAAAGAACAUCACUCUUCCAAUAUUCGUUUCUGGAUAAAAAACGUGAGCUGCAUAAUAAUGUACAGUAUAGAUUAAUACAGGUAAGUAUAAGUUUUCUCACGUAUGUUUAAGCAGGUGGUCAAAUACGAUUUUUGUGAUGAGUACUCUUAAUUGUUAGGCACCUCUGUGCACGACUUCAGAAACGAGAAAGCUCUAAAAAAAAAAACACAGAAGAAACCUCUCCUUGGGCACCUCAUUGACGAGAACAAUUCAGAAUUCAAGUUUUCGCACAAUGGCAGAGAAUUUCACAAAUAUUCUACAACCACCAUAUCUCGACCCUGAAAUCCCAAUUGCCUUUUACUUGGCUUCCAUCGCUAUAAAUGCUCUUUCUUCGAUGGUAACAAUAAUCGGCAACGUACUUAUCAUGGUCGCGUUACGCAAGAUCCCUUUGACACAACUCCAUGCCGUAUUCAAGAUAUUCCUGUUUAACCUGGCUUUGGCCGACUUGGGAGUCGGAGUCAUUGUGCAACCCUUGUACAUUUCAACUGUUCUUACAGCACUCAGUGGCUGUGUCAACGCUGCGCGCAUUCUCCGAGCGAUGUAUUACCUAAGCAACUUCUAUCUGCCCAAUAUGUCUUUGGUUCUUCUCACGGCCAUAGCGAUCGAUCGAUUCCUUGCCAUGCAUUUCCGCACGCGAUACCGCAAUCUGGUGAGGGGCAAAAAAGUUACAGCAACCCUUACACUCAUUUGGCUUCUGUACCUCGCUAGCACUUCGGUCAUCGUUUACGACAGUACGAUAUACAACACCAACGCUAACUGUGCUUUGGCAUUGUGUUUAUCGACAAUAACAUUUUGUUAUCUUAAGAUUUAUCUAACACUCAAACGACAUGAAAAAACCAUACGAGAAGUCCCUCCACCUCAACCUAUACAAGCAAACUGUCCAGCAGAAACAGUUGGGACAACAAAUCGUUUUCAUUUUUUGCGUUACAAGCGCUCUGUGUAUAACAUGAUGUAUGUUUAUGUCGCCUUUGUUCUCUGCUACCUGCCAUUUUUUUGCAUUUUAAUCGUGAUUCAUGUACGGGGAAUGGAUAGGGCAGCUAGGCGGUCUCGCUUUUUUGGAGUUACUUUGAUAUUACUCAACUCCUCUGUCAAUCCAAUUGUAUACUGUUUGAAAAUACGCGAGAUCAGGCGUGCGGUAUCAAGAACACUCAAGGAAAUAUUCGGUAGACAACAUUAACGACGCCCUUUUUCGAUUUCACAUAUUUCUGACUGGUAAAUAAACACUUCGGGCUGAUGAAGACAUAAUGAACAGAAGGCCUUAAUGGAGAGCGAUGGCUUUUACGGCUUACGGUUAAAAAAAUUGCUAUUUUACGGUUAAUAGUUAAUUUUCUGUUGCGGUUAAAAUAAAAUUUUUAACGGUUAACCUUUUUUAAUGACUCAGUAGAGAUUAAAAUGUCAAUUUCUCCGCCAUACGACUAAAAUUAUUUUUUAUCGUUUUACGGCUAUCAGUUUACUCUAU